UUAUCAGUUACGUCUGGUCGAGCACGGCAGCCCGGCAGAAAUUCAACGGGGAACCGAACAAACCAUGGAGGCGCAACUGCUGUCUCGGCUCCUCUUCCUCCUCCUCUCCUUCAUCAUCGUCUCCGGCGAGGCGUCCCCGACGCUAGUCACCAGCCUCCCAGGCUUCGACGGCGCCCUCCCGUUCCGCCUCGAGACCGGAUACGUGACGGUGGACGAGGAGCACGGCUCGGAGCUCUUCUACUACUUCAUCGAGUCGGAGGGCGACCCGCGGCGCGACCCGGUCCUCCUCUGGCUCACCGGUGGCGACCGCUGCAGCGUGCUCAGCGCCCUGCUCUUUGAGAUGGGCCCUCUGAGGUUCGUGAUCGAGCCCUACGAUGCCGGAGCCGGGACCGUGCCACGGCUGCAGUACCACCCCUACUCCUGGACCAAGGCCGCCAGCGUCCUGUUCGUCGACUCGCCCGUCGGCGCCGGCUUCUCCUUCUCCCGGGACCCCAGAGGGUACGACGUCGGAGACGUCUCUUCUUCGCUGCAGCUCAAAUUGUUCCUCACCAAGUGGUUCACUGGGCAUCCCGAUUUCCUCUCAAAUCACUUCUAUGUCGGGGGAGACUCGUACGCCGGAAAGAUGGUACCAAUAGUCACGCAGAAGAUCUCAGAAGAUAUUGAAGCGGGACUGAAGCCCACAAUUAAUCUCAAGGGCUAUCUCGUAGGCAACCCGGUUACCGGUGAGGCCAUCGAUUUCGAUUCUAGAGUGCCAUAUCUUCAUGGAGUAGGAGUCAUUUCCGAUCAGUUGUACGAGACAAUAAUGGAGCACUGCCAUGGGGAACCUUAUGACAACCCCAAGAAUGUGAUCUGUGCUGAAGCUAUGGACAGGUUCAAGGCGUUGCUUGAAGAAAUUUAUGACUCCCAAAUUUUGUAUAAAAAGUGCAAUUAUCUGGCUCCCAAACCAAACAACGAGACUACAGAAGGCAGGAUCCUCCAACAAGAAACUGGAGCACUGAAACAUCCACCACCUCGGCCUCCAGUGGAUUGCCAUGGCUAUAUUACUUACCUGGCAUAUGUCUGGGCUAACAACAACAUCACACGGGAAAACCUUGGAAUCAAGGAGGGGAGCAUGGGCGAAUGGGUGAGGUGCCAUGAAAAAGAUCUACCUUACACCAAUGACAUUGAGAGCAGUAUAAAGUACCAUCGCAAUAUUACGUCAAAAGGUUACCGUGCCUUGGUGUAUAGUGGAGACCACGAUGCUGUUGUACCAUUUUUAGGUACGCAGUCUUGGAUAAAAUCACUCAACUUCCCCAUUAUGGAUGAAUGGAGGGCAUGGCAUCUCGACGGACAAUCCGCUGGAUUCACAAUAGCAUAUACAAAUAACAUGACGUUCGCCACCGUAAAGGGUGGUGGACACACUGCACCAUCGUACCAACCAGAGAGAUGCCUCGCUAUGCUUAGGCGUUGGAUUUCCGAUGAGCCACUCUGAUUAAUGUUUGUGUGUUGUAUAUCAUGAUGUUGGAUAGGAUGAAUCGUGCGAUGAUAUAUGAGUACGUUCUAGGUGACUAGGUGUUAC